AUAAGAGAAUAUUCCUCCGAAGAUGCUCCCCUCCUAUAAAAGGAGGGGUGCCCCCAAUGUGAAGGGAGGCCAAAUCACUUUCUCCCCUGCCCACUAUACUUUCUCUCUCUAGCAUUUUAUAGUUUUUGUUCUUCAAUAAGCUUUUAAGCUUCCAUUAAUGGCUUCCGAGCCCGAUUCUUGUACCGUGUACACACCCCCGAUAUCAAUAAAAAUCCCCCGUUUGCAAGGUACCGCCAAAAAAGGCCCGUGGUUUUCUCCCGAUUUGGGUUUCCACGUAAAAAUCCUCGUGUUUAUAGUUUGGUGUAUUUUUUAGACUAGUUUAUCGUUUUUGCCGGGCUAAAACGAUAUACCGGUCGAUAAUUUACACCAUCAUUUUGGUACCACCCGUGGGACCUGAACAAAUAGCCAUGUUCAUUUUUUUUGUGACAGAUAGCUCCGAGAGAAGAGUAACCCAAAUUUCAGCCACAAAAAAAAAAAAAGAGUGAGAGAAGGGAGGGUUUUUGAUUUUUUUUGACAAAAAAGGAGAAAGAAAGGAGAACCCCAAAUUGAAGCCGCCUCCACCGCUGCUCAGAGCCGCCGUCGCUGCUCAAAUCUGCCGCGGCCGCUGCUCUGAUCCGCCGCCGCUGCUCAAACCUGCCGCCGCCGCCGCAGCUCUGAUCCGCCGCCUCCGCCGCAGCUCUGAUCCGCCGCCUCCGCCGCUGCUCAGAGCCGCCGCCUCCGCCAUUGCUGCUCAAAUCUGCCGCGGCCACUGCUCAAACCCACCGCCGCCGAUGCUUAGACCCGCCGACGCCGCUGCACAGACCUGCCGCCGCUGCUCAGAUCUGCCGACUGCUACUUAGACCUGUCGCCGCCGGUCUUGAGACUUGCGGCCGCCUAUGAACCGCGUUGAGGGGGGCGGGUCUAGAUGUUGUACUAGAAAUCAACUACCACCGCCGCCAACUAACUUUUGUUCGCCACCAAGAAUUCCUGCAUGCAUCCACAACUGUAAGGUGAACACUUGCUGGUCACCAUUUGAAUUUGCUGCCACAAAAGCCGCCGAAUAUACACGCACCCGCCCUCCCGUUGAGGUCCGCCGUCGUCACCACUACUCAAAUCGACCACCAUUAUUUUGGAGAGCAUAUAGCCACUGAUGUUGAAGAGGAAGAGGACCGCCGUUGCCACAUUGUUAGAGCAAGAGAUGGGAACAGAUCUGUGGACUGCUGCUCAAACAUGCCGCCGCCCACCUUCCCGAAGCCAUCACUGGAAGCUGACAAAGCUUGGAGAAGGAUAUGUUUAUCACAGUCGCUGGAUUUGGUGGUCCGACACAAAUACCAGAAUUAAUGGAAGUCAUAGCCUCCUCCCGUCACCAUCUCCAUGGCACCAUCAGGGGUACUCACCGUCGGAGCUCACAUCCACAAUCACCACCACAACCAACACUAAACACUGAUGAGGUGGUGCCGGAGCAGAAAAAGAGUUGUACCGCCCUCUUACCCCAUCCAAUAGACGGAAUUCCGGCGAGGGGUAACAGUGGUACAA